GACGUGUUACCUUCCAGCGCGCAAUGAAACUUACAAUUUUAGUUGGGCAGUGCUUUGGAAUACUCCCCGUUCUGGGUGCUUCUCAUGUCGACACUACUAAGCUAAGAUUCACAUUUUGUUCGGGGAGGUGUGUGUAUGCAAUAAUAAACAUUAUAGGACAAGGUUUAAUGUUUAUCCUCUGCGUGCUCAAGUUAUUUAAGGAAACUGACUCUUUGUUGGCCUCUAAUACUUCAGUAGUAUUUUUCAGUUCAAAUUGCCUAACAGGAAUUCUAUUCCUUCGACUUGCGAGGAUUUGGCCGAAACUUUCACAGUUCGUGGCCAAGACAGAAGCGGCCGAUCCCAAUUUGGACAAGACGCUUGUCAGAAAUUGCAAUAUCUCCUGCAUUCUUAUUCUUUCUAUGGCCUUUUUGGAGCACUUUCUGUCUGAUGUAUCCUCGAUUGCUAUUGCAAUAGACUGUCAGCCUGAGACAAACGUUUAUGACGCUUUCAUAUACCAAAGUUUCCCUUGGGUAUGGACUUUUGUACCCUACAGUCCUGUGAUGGGAUUCCUAGUUAUCUUCAUCAACAUCACGUGUACAUUCAAUUGGAACUUCGCGGACGUGUUCGUUAUCUGCGUCAGCUUGUAUCUGACAUCACGGCUGCAGCAGAUUAAUUACAGGAUAAAUGCUGUCAGGGGAAAGCAAACACCGUCAUCGUUCUGGCGAACAAUGCGCGAGGACUAUAGCAGAGUAAGUCAUCUUGUGAAGAAAAUUGAUGACGCCGUCAGCGGAAUAGUCUUCUUAUCCUUUGUUAACAACUUAUUCUUCAUUUGUCUUCAACUUCUACAUACGCUCGAGGAAGGAGUGAAACAAACCCCAGGCUGUUAUAGCAAACUGGACGAAAGGCCAAUGCACGGCUACGAGCAAGCAGUAUAUUUCAUAUACUCCUUUUCGUUUCUACUAGUAAGAUCGUUGGCGGUAUCUCUGAUAGCCUCGCGUAUCCAUACAGCGAGUCGAGCGGUAGCGCCGGUCUUGUAUGACGUUCCUUCAGAUUGUUAUUGUAUUGAGGUGCAAAGAUUCUUACAUCACAUUCACGGUGACACAAUUGCCCUGACUGGCCUUCAGUUCUUCAAUGUAAAGCGAGGAUUGGUAUUAACUAUCGCAGGAACUAUAGUGACAUACGAGCUGGUUCUUAUGCAGUUUACCGGUGUGACACCAACUGCGGCUCCCACUUCGUCAACAACACUUCAAUCUUCUGCAUAAACUAGUCAAAUAUUUGUCAAAACAUCAUUUUUUAAAUUUUACUUCGCCCAACGAGAAAACUGCCAAUAAUGAAUAUCAUAAGACCAGAGAUGCAUCUUGUUCAACGCGGAGUACUUCAGGAAUCCAUUCAUGGCUUUCUGUUUAAAAUAGUUGACCUAUAUAAAAUAGUUAGUCCGACUGCUGGGCACAGAUCUCCUACCACAAUGUGAGUGCUUAGGGUGUAGAUCCCACGCAGGCCUAAUGUGAAUU